AUUGUUUUGAAACAAGAAAUUUGGGUUUCAAAAAAUAAUGUUCUUUUGUAUAUAAUUUCUGUUAACCUUUUGAAUUAUUUAUGAUUUAUUAAGCACAAAGUGCUUUAUCUUUGAAAAUUAUCUCUUGUUAGAUAUGCUGUAAAUCUGCAUAUUAAUUUUUUUUUACCGAUAUUCGUUACGUUUUCCCUUUCUGGAACUGUAUCACAAUGUUGGAAAAUCUUCGGGAUAAAAUUCUGAAUGUCCAGCAUGAUUUAUCCACAAGCAUUCGAAAUUUAACCACUGGGGAGAACCAAGCAUCAAGAGGAAAGAAGCAAAAUUAUAAAGAAGUUUCACAAAAUGCUGGUGGAUCCAUGUUACAUCAUUAUCAAGAACUUUGGAAAGAACUGCAUGAGAGUGAUGCUUAUAAUGCUAAAAAAGCGGAGGAAGUUGAUUCUGUGAUUGGAAAUCUGCAUUCAUUUUGUUUUGAUCAUCUGUCUGUAGUUCGACAACUAAACAUUCAGCUUGCUGCACUUCCUCAGUUACAAACUAGCAUUAUGGACUUGAUGAGUAAAAUAGGAGAAUUAGAAGGAGUGUUUGAGGAAGUAGAAGAUGCAUUGAUGAAUUUGGAAGAUGUAAUUGAAACACAAGAGCUUCAAGAAAGACAAUUGGACCACAGAUUUCAACUGGCUAUGUAUAAAGAAAAGAAGUUAGCAGAUUUCGAAGACAUGAAAGUUAAAUUAGGAGAAGUACAUGCACAUAAAGUAUUUGAAUAUGAGAAAAAACAAGAAGCCAUACUUAAAGAAAGACAAAACACAUUCCAAGAAGUAUUUGAAGAAGAAGUUCAGCAGUACAAAACGCAUGGAGAAUUAAGAAAAAGAGUUUCAAGUACAAGUAGUGCUGAAGCUUCUGUUUCAUUGGAAGAGAUAGAUUUGGAAGAAGAUGCUUCUGCAUUAAAUGACUUUCUUGGCGAUGUUGAUGCAAAUGAAACAGCCGAGAAAGACAAAGCUGAUGGCUCUAGUGAAAAUGAUGAUGAAAAAGCAGCUACUGAAAAUAAACCACCCAUUUCCUCUGAUUAAUAAAAAGCUUAGUUUGUUUUAAGAUGAAUGUAUUUAACUUGUUUAUAGUUUUUAAACAAAAAAUUAGAGUUAAAGAACUAAAGUUGGAAAUGAAAACAACCGACUAUUAUCUUGCAUCUUAUGGUUAGCAGGGCUAUAGUGCCUCGAAAGAGUAGUGUGCCGAUCGGCACUUUUUUCCCCACGAUUCUUGAAGACAAAUUGUAUGAAAACCGCUAAAGGGCAGUGCGAUCGAGGUGUACGUUCAAUUUCGCGGUGUUUACAUUAGUAGACGCGGGAUUUUGUUACAAUUUAGUUCCGCGUUUCUCUUUUUUACCUUUAUUUCAUGAAUAUUUCAUGAAACAGCAUUUACGGCUUUUAAUGGAGGCAUCAAAGUUGAACAUUAGAAGAAACAAAGCUUCAUCUUGUUUCGCACCAGGGUGUAAAAGUGGAUACAAAACAUCCAAGGAGAAAGUUACGCUUUUUAAAGUUCCAGCAGAUGAAGGAAAACUAAAGUGGAAUUCGUUAAUUCCCAGUUUAGAUAAAGUUUUUGAUAAAUAUUGCUCAAUUUAUUCUCUGCAUUUCGAAGAACAUUUUAUUGAAACGCAUUUUAAGCAUAUUAUAAAUGGUGAGGAAGUUUUGAUUCCUCGGGGAAAACUUUUUUUGAAAGAUGAGGCAAUUCCGACAAUUUUCCCCAAAUCUGCCAACAUACUUUACUAAAAAAGUACCAAAGAAAAGGUCCAUCAGGAAUUAUGCAGUUAAAAAAAAUGUUCCCUGUUUGAAAAAAAAAAAACUUGAUCUUUCCGCAGAUGAAACUGAAAUAACCACGUAUAAAUCUAUUAUAAAUGAAAUUGUUCAUAUUAAUUUGCCUAACGAAUAUUGAGUUUGCAUGAAAUUUAAAAAUUCAUUAAUUACGUAAGGAUGAUUUUGGCAAUUUUUGACCCCCUCCCCCCAUGUAAGGGUACGUAAGAUUUUUCACCAACCCCUAUCCCCCUAUUCUUAUGUAAGAUUCCAUUUCGUUUUUCAAAAUAAUAAAAUAAAUCUUCGAAUCGUUAUUAAAUUCACAUUAUUAAAUUAAACCUUUUGCAUAAAGAAAUAGUUACUGAAAAGUUAGAAUCUAAACUGAAUGUUUUUUCGACUUUUUUUUGAUAUAAUAUUAAUUACAAGUAAAACAUGCAAUACACAAUGUGACUCUUUUAUUAUAUUUUUUACUUUUUUUUGUAAAACAAAUAAAAAAACAUCUUAUCCUAACACGUUUUUACCUUCCAGACGCAAAUGGAACAUAAUCUCUGCCAAAUCACUUGACCGCACAAUUUCUAAUGUGAAAUACCGACUUGGAAAAUAUUAAGUAAGAAUGAGUUUGACCCCCCUUCCCCAAGUAAGGGUACGUAGAGGCUUUUCCGACCCCGUCCUCCUCGGGACCCUUACGUAUUUAUUGAAUGGCCGCUUAUAGUCUACUAUUUUCAUUGAAGAUAACUUAGCAUAAGGUAAUUUUAUAUGCUUCAAAAAAUAAAUGAACACCCAUGUUACAAUUAGCA